AUGCUAUUUUGGUUAAAAGAAGAAAUGGGCCCCCAGGAACUCACUCGGCGACUGGCUACCGUGAUCACGCAUGUCGAUGAAAUUAUGCAGCAGGAAAUCAGGCCUAUGGUGGCAGUGGAUAUAAUAGAACAACUUCACAGACAAUUUGCCAUUCUUUCAGGAGGCCAUGGGAGAGAUGGUGCCCCCAUCAUCACUUUCCCAGAGUUUGCGGGGUUCAAACACAUACCAAAUGAGGACUUCCUGAAUGUCAUGACCUACCUGACUAGCAUUCCCAGUGUGGAGGCCGCCAACAUUGGAUUCAUCAUCGUUAUUGACAGACGAAGGGACAAAUGGAGCUCCAUAAAGGCAUCCUUGACACGAAUAGCUGUAGCAUUUCCAGGGAACUUGCAGCUUAUAUUCAUCCUUCGUCCAUCUCGCUUUAUCCAGAGGGCCUUCACUGACAUCGGUAUUAAAUACUAUCGAGAUGAAUUUAAAAUGAAAGUGCCGAUCAUCAUGCUAAAUUCUGCUUCUGAUCUUCAUGGUUACAUUGACAAAAGCCAACUCACACAGGAGCUAGGGGGGACUUUGGAAUACCGCCAUAAGCAGUGGAUAAAUCAUCGAACUGCCAUCGAAAACUUUGCCUUGACAGUAAAGACCACUGCCCAUAUGCUCCAGAUGUUUGGGGUCUGCCUUUCUGAGACAGAGCUGCCCAGAGGCAUGCAGCCUGCUGAAGAACUUCUCAUGGCCCAUACGAGGCAGCAGGACCAACUGAAGGAUCAGCUGAAGAUACUUAGAAAGCAAGGGUCUACAUUGAUGUCAUGCAUACAAAAACCAGGAACCAAAAAUCCCACCAGGAGCUGCAAUCCCAAUGAACUUGAGAAUGUAGCUACUAUGGGAAGGUUAUUAGUUCAGUUGGAUGAAACAGAAAAAGCCUUCAGUCGCUUUUGGUCUGAACAUCAACUGAAGCUUAACCAAUGUCUACAGCUACAGCACUUUGAGCACAAUUUUUGUGAGGUUAAACAUGCCCUGGAUCAUUUGUUGGAAGAACAAACAGAGUUGACAGAUAUUGGAGACAGUGUGAUGCGUGUGGAACAACUUCUUAAGGAACUCAAAAUGCUGGAGGAAAGAGGCCAGGAGUCCUUGGAAAAAGCCCGACUGUGUGCACUCAUUGGGGACCAGCUCAUCCAAAGCCAUCACUAUGCAGCGGACACCAUCAGGCCCAAGUGUGUGGAGCUCAGGCACCUCCGCGAUGACUUCAUCAAUGAAAACAAGAAAAAAUGGGACAUCUUAAGGAAGUCUUUGGAGUUGCAUAGACAACUGGAUAAGGUCAGCCAGUGGUGUGAAGCAGGAAUCUACCUCUUGGCCUCUCAAGCAGUAGACAAGUGCCAGUCACGAGAGGGGGUUGACAUUGCCAUGAAUGACAUUAAGACAUUCCUGAGCACAGCCCAGGAGUACCAACUGCCCAACCUCAAGGAGUUUUACAAUCAGUUUGAGUUGAUACUCACUCUAGACAUAAAGGACAAUGCCCAGAAAGUCCUUCAGAAGCUGGGCAAUGUGCAGGAAAUAUUUGACAAAAGGCAAGUGAGCUUGAAGAAACUGGCAGCUAAACAGACUCGCCCAGUGCAACCUGUGGCCCCCCAUCCUGAAUCCUCUCCAAAAUGGGUGCCUCCAAAAACUGGCCAGAUCUCUGUUCUCUUCAUCCCUCUAGCUCCUCCUCAGAAAAUAUCUGAGGAAUUGCUUGCGGAGACAGAUUUGAACUUCCUGGAGAAGGAAGGAGAUGAGACUAAAUUUGAAAUUAAGAAUGAAGAAAUAGUUGAAAGCAGUCAAGAGAUGGAGAACCUUGAACGGGAACCAUGUGAUAGUCUUGAACAUCUUUCCCCCAGCAGAAUUCCAGGCGCCCGAACAAACCUGCUUCCCCUGGGAGGCGGCUCGGCCUGGGUCAAAGCAGCCCGGCGACCGCGCCGGCAGGCCGGAGCGAACAAAGACGCUCCGGGGAGGGAACCCGGCCGCACUUUCAAGCGGCGGGCAACCUUCACCCUGCGGCGAGCAGGGUCUCAACAGCUUCCCAACGCAGGGCCUCGCGCGCUCUGGGAUCUGCUCCAGCUGAGCCUCACAGACCCCAAUACGCAUUCCAACCUGACUUCCUGGGGCUACACCAGGGAACCGGUGCACUUUCACCCUCUCCAGACUGCUUCCCCUCCCAACCCUACAAAGAUCUCGCCCGUCCAGCGCCGGCAAGCGAGGCUCACUGAGCAGCCGGCCGAGAAGGCGCGACUCUGCGACGCAGGGCGCAUUAUACGGGAAUUACUUGAGACUGAAGAAAUUUAUAUAAAAGAAAUUAACAGCAUAAUUGAUGGAUAUAUCGUGCCAAUGGAUUUUAUUUGGCUACGGCAUCUGAUUCCAGAUGUUCUUCAAAAUAACAAGGACUUUCUCUUUGGGAAUAUUAGAGAACUUCAUGAAUUUCACAACAGGACUUUUCUAAAAGAAUUGGAAAAAUGCACAGAAAAUCCCGAACUUCUGCCACGUUGCUUUCUCAAAAGAAAAGAAGAUCUUCAAAUAUAUUUUAAAUACCACAAGAACCUGCCACGAGCUAGGGCUAUCUGGCAAGAAUGUCAAGACUGUGCCUACUUUGGGGUAUGCCAGCGCCAGUUGGAACACAAUCUCCCUCUUUUUAAGUAUCUUAGAGAACCAAGCCAGAGACUUAUAAAAUACCAGAUGCUGUUGAAGGAUGGGCCCAAGAGGACCAAGGAUUCAGCAUUCUCAUCUGAGCUACAACAAGCUUUGGUCAUGGUGGAGGAUUUGAUCAAGUCUUGUGAGUUGGCCGUGGACCUGGCAGCUGUCACUGGAUGUCCGGAUGAUAUAGGAAAACUGGGCAAGCUGUUGAUGCAAGGUCCUUUCAAUAUCUGGACAAUUCACAAGGAUCGUUAUAAGAUGAAGGAUUUGAUGCGAUUCAAGCCCAGCCAGAGGCAAAUCUAUCUAUUUGAAAGGGGAAUAGUGUUCUGUAAGAUACGAGUGGAACCCAGCGACCAGGGGUUUUCUCCUCACUUCAGCUUUAAGAAGUCUAUGAAGUUGAUGACCCUUUCAAUUAGCCAAGUUGGAAGAGGGAGUAACAAAAAAUUUGAAAUUGCCAGUCGAAAUGGACUUGAGAAAUACAUCGUACAGGCAGCAUCAAAAGAAAUCAGAGACUGUUGGUUUUCAGAAAUAAAUAGAUUAUUGAUGGAACAACAAAACAAUAUCACAGGCAACAGUAACAAGACUACAAUAAUUGGUUUUAAUUUGUAUAAUGAUAAGAUAGGGAAAGCUAUGGCUGACUUUUGCUUUGAACGAUUAAUACUAUGUGAAAUUGAGUAUAACAGUCCUGAAGGCAUAAAACAGGAAUAUUUUAAAAAUAUGCAAAGAGUUUCCAGCAGUCAGGAGUAUGCAGCCCUCAGCACCUGUAGUAUUCAAGGCAGCUCCAACCGGGAGCUUAUCGCCAUGGAAACCGUUGAAGAGUGUGAAGGUGCAGAAACUCUGGAAAAAGACAGCAGCGCUCUGAGUCUCUCAGGACUUUUCCUGUUGGACGACAGCUAUGAAACCUGUUCCUCCAAAUCUUUUCUGGAGACAGGGGAAAGCAAACAGGGAGAAAAAGACGAGCUUGUAGAGAAAGAAAGGGCAGCAAACAGAGCUGAGGAGGGUGCAGGGAUGUCCACUGGUCUGCUCAUCCCGAAGGAUGCCUGA